AUGCCUAACUUUAACCCACAGUCCUGGCUCAGAGUCCUAGCCCUAGUCCUAUUUACAUUACCUGAUUGUUGGCGUUUUUUGCGACAAAACGCCAAUGCUUUGCUAGGACCGGCUGGGUACGUCCGGUCCGGCCAAAACACUGGCUAGGACCUUUUUGAUCCUUUGAAAGUGCAGUCAAUGUUGAAAUGACACCGGAUAUUCCUACAUCUAGCCUAAAGUUGUGUGUUUAGUCCAAGAUGACAAAGCCUAAAAGGUUAAGAUAAACCUUGUGUUAUCAUGUCAAGCAGUAAAAAGUCCUUUUGAAAGUGCAGUCAAUGUUGAAAUGACACUGUUUCGACUUUUGUUUGGUCAUUAGUGUCGAAAAUUGAUUUGUCGGUUGGUCGAUUGUGCAAGUUUUGGUCGAUGGAAGGUUGGAGCUGUCAAAUGGCGGGUAUGGUGCUUCUGGUACUGUUGUGUUUCGGUAAGUUGGCUUUACUUUUAUGAUUUCAAACUUGAAUCUAAAGGUAUCUAGCCGGACCUAAAAUUUUCGUUUUUAGUCCAAAAGUAAAUAGAAAAACUUUUUUAAAAUUUUUGAGUGAAAAAUGGGGUCAUGUAGCACUAUGGGGCCAUGUAGCUUAGCAAAAAUUGAAAAAAUAGAUAUUUUAAUUCUAUAAACUUUUUGACCAAUACAUAACCAAAAACACAAUUUUUUAGUUUCGGUUGCAAGUUCACAGAACAACAACCAAUGUUACGAAUGUAGAGACUACGAAGGACUGGGCCAGAAUAGAAGUUGCUUUGUGGUCGAUGAAAACUCCCACAACCGAUAAAUGUCAAGGAAACAGUUGUCUUUCAGUAUAUGGCUGGAUAUAUAUAGAUGGUGAAGGUAAGGCUUUGAAUUUUUGAGUCGGAGUGGUAGUGAGGCUAUUGUGAAUCUUAGGGUAUUGGUGGGCCAUGGUUGGGAAUAUGAAUGUUGAGGGAAAAGUAAAUGAUCUGGUAGGGUAGGGUAGGGUAGGGUACGGUAGGGUACAGUAGGGUACGGUAGGGUACGGUAGGGUAAGGUAGGGUAGGGUAGAGUACAGUAGAGUACGGUGGGGUAUGGUAGAGUACGGUAGGGUACGGUAAAGUACGGUAGUUAAGUACAAUUUAAAAAUAAUAUUUAUUUUUUAGGGCACCGCGCAGUAGCUCGCAGCUGUAAUUUCACGCUUCCGGUAGGUUUUAUUAAUAUUAAAGAGUUGUAUUUAUUUUGUCUGUAAAAAUUUGUUAUUCUUAUUGCAUAUCUUUCCCCCCCCCCCCCCCCCUCACGCUAUGAAAUUAUAUUUUUUGCAUUUCAGCCGGGAAUAGAAUGCCUUCACGUUGACAACUAUAAAUUUGAUGACAACUUACUUAUGAUUGGGGAUAUGUGUCCAUGCAAUGGGACGAAAUGCAACAACGUUCAGUUUCCAUUCACCGCUGCCCCUACGACGCUUUCGACUACCAUUAUAACCACCACAACCAACCAAUCGACUACUGAUCCCGACACCCCAGUGGCAUCAACCAACGACUGGUCGCUCUCUGUUCUGACUCUACUGAUUGUUUACUGUACUUUCUAUGUGUUGUAG